AUGUAUGGGAAAAUGACCAAUGAGAUUCUUUCAGAAACAAAAUUUCAUGAGUUGACCAAAGAAAAGAAUUAUGAUCGGUUUAUUCGUCCAAACGCCACUAACGGGCCAGUUUUUACGGAUGUGCAGCUAGAAGUGGGCUAUUUAGGAGAAAUAGAUUCUAAAGCAAUGACUUUUGAGAUCCACCUGACCCUGCGACACUGGUGGCAAGAUGAGAGAUUAAAGUUUGACCCAAUGAGAGGAAAGAGUGUCGUAGGGUUGUCAACAUUGCGAAACCUUAUUUGGACUCCGACCCUCUUCUUCUUGAAUGAAAAAGACAGUGAGAUGGUAAAAACAACAGAAGAUAAUGUUUAUGUAAAAGUGGACUCCAAUGGGAAAACGUACAUGGCCAUUAGGUCAAAAGUUUGGAAGUGGGUAAAGUGUGGAGAGCUGUAUAACUGGGUAGGGUGUGAAAAGCUCUACGGCCAGGGAGAGUAUGGAAGGCCACACCCUACCCACUUGUACAGCCUUCCAUACUCUCCCUGGCCGUAUAGCUUUUCACACCCUACCCACUUGUACAGAAAGCUCUACGGCCAGGGAGAGUAUGGAAGGCUGUACAAGUGGGUAGGGUGUAGAGAGCUGUACCAGUGGAUAGAGUGUGGAAAGCUUUAUAACUGGGUAGGAUUUCAAGUUGACAUCUGUUCUUUAAUAGGGAAGUACGAUAUCAAAAGCUUGCUGCUGAGGUGGCGACAGGUGAACCAAAAAGACCUAUGUCUCAUCAUUCCUGAGCUGACCCUUCCAGAGCAUUCUUUGGACAAGGAUAGCGUCAUCUGUACUGAAAAUAAUAAGAACUACGAUACAGCGGGAGGAUACAGUGGCUUGAUAGCGACAUUCAGUCUACGCCGAGAGUUCAGCUAUUAUAUGAUUGAAGUUUAUGUGCCAAUCAUGUUGCUGGUCAUUGUAUCUUGGAUAUCCUUCUGGUUGGACGUUCAUGCUGUCCCUGCUCGUGUAGCUCUCGGGAUCACCACCAUUUUAACAGUCAUCACUAAUUCUAGAGGGGUCAAGGAUUCUAUUCCAAGGGUCUCGUACAUCAAAGCUGUAGAUGUGUGGAACCUAGGUUGUACUUUGUUGGUCUUCUGUGCUUUCUUGGAGUUCCCUCUUGUCAACUUCAUCGCUAGAAAGGCGAGAAUGAAGGCGGUGACAGAAAUUGCACAAAAUGGUGACAAUAAAGGGCAGCUUCAGAAGGACGUUGACCUCAAUCGAACUUUUCAGUUGGUUCAUCAUCGUAACUCUGCUGGAAGAUUGUCCAAACUAAAUAAGACAUGUCCGAUUCAUAAAAACACCCUCAAGGUGCAGGAUGUUACUGAUAUGACAGAGGACGAUGGCACCGACGACCACGACGGAGACGAUUCAAUAAACUUUUCCAGAAUGCUACCUGUCGCCUCGGAAGAACUCGCUAGAUCGAUCGAUCGUAUUUGUCGCUUUUUAUUUCCUUCAAUAUUCUUACUUUUCAACAUCAUUUACUGGGUCACUUGGGUUCAACAUUAAUUAUCGGUGGUAAGACAUAUGGUUCAUAAAUACUACUAUUAUGAAUCUUCGAGUUACAAAAUCACUUAUA